AUUUCAGCUCAGCUUCACCUUCAGUGCUAGCAGAUCAUGACGUACAUGUGUUUUUAUCAAAAUUCCAAUUCACAUUUUAGCGUAUUUAGUAUACGAAGCAGAAAUUCUAUACGAAAUAAUUUACCGUCUUGAUUAAGUGUAAAUUCAGGCAAGUGUUUCAAGCGAUUCAUCAACCAUGCCGAAGGGAAAACGCAGAGCAAAAACAUCAGGCGCUGCAUCGAAAAAUCGUAUCGAAGCCUUAGGAACUUCGGAUGAGGACUCUAUGAAUGACAAUGCCAGUGUUAUAAGUCUCCUAUCAGACAGCACUAUCCACGAUGAUGGUGGUAACUUUGGCGAUGAACUGGCGGGGGACGAGCCAUCGCAGGAGGAUCUGUUCGAGGAGAAGCUGUAUGAAGCAAUCGACGGAAUCUCUGAGAAAUCGGCGCAGGGCCGCACCAACAGUCUGCUGGCCGUCGGCACGGCGUUCACCCGCCGCUACGUGCCCCAUCUCAUCAUCGAUAGGUCAGCAAACCACUCACUAUACUCACCAAAAUCCCUAACAAUAUUCUAGAACAUUAAGGGCCGG